GAGAUAUUAGCGUCAAGCUAUGACUCGCGUGGAGGGCAGCUAUGAUGUACGUCAUGUUCAAGUUAUAACGCGCCCCUCCACAUCUCUUGUUCACAAACUAUUCUCGAUAUACGACCCGUCACCGCUACUUUGAUCAUCUAAGAUGGCGCAAAAAGGUGACCAUCUAUUACAGCGUCCUCUCUAUGUGUUUGAUCUGCCCGAAGAGCUGUUAGCCACACUCACUCUCAAAGACCAGCCCGAGCACCCGAUAGAAGAGACACCACCUCAAAUACCGACGACUGCAAACGACUCUUCCAAUACCGCCGAAGAAGAGAGCAACAGCCCGGCAAAAGCGACAUCGUGCAACCUCUGUGGGCUCAGCUUUGCAUCUCUUGCAGACCAACGCAAUCACGUACGAUCAGACCUACAUGGAUACAACCUGAAGCAAAAGAUAAAAGGUGCGAAGCCUGUAGGCGAGGCUGAGUUCGAGAAACUGAUCGGAGAUCUGGACGAGAGCAUAUCAGGGUCUGAGUCAUCAGAAUCCGACGAGGACGAAGAUGCAGAUGGGACGAAGGCAAAAGAAUCCACGCUUAGUGCGCUAUUAAAAAAGCAGGCCAAGAUAUCAGAUCCCGAGUUUGACGACUUUUCCUCACGGAAGAUGCAGAGAGGGCCUGGCAAGCCUCCGUUGAUGUGGUUCACGUCACCCUCAAUACCCGACAACAUGUCACUAGGCGUGUAUCGCGCCAUUUUUUCGAAUACAGAGCAGGAAGAGGAGUCGCAUGUUUUGGAAAGUUUACGCAAGAAGCAGCUUUCUCCGAAGCAACCCCCAAAGAUCAAGGCGAAUGAGGCCGGUGUCCCGCCACCAGGCAUAGAUAUCGGGCCACAUUACUUUCUAUGCAUGAUAGGAGGUGGCCACUUCGCUGCCAUGAUAGUAGCACUGGCACCUAAGAUAGGAAAGAAUCACACUGGAUUCGAUGAGCGAUCGGCGACCGUAGUUGCGCACAAGACAUUCCAUAGGUACACCACGCGACGAAAACAGGGAGGUUCGCAAUCAGCCAACGACAACGCAAAAGGCAAUGCACACUCUGCCGGUUCAUCGAUCCGUCGUUACAACGAGACUGCACUAAUCGCUGAAGUUCGUGAGCUAUUAUAUAGCUGGAAGAACAUGAUCGAUACCGCAGACUUGAUCUUCGUACGCGCAACCGGCGCGACGAACCGGAGAACUCUUUUUGGUCCGUAUGAAGGACAGGUUCUGCGUCAUAAUGACCCACGCAAUCGAGGCUUUCCCUUCAGUACACGGCGGGCGACUCAAAAAGAGCUGAUGCGUGCGUUUGUUGAACUCACUCGAGUGAAGCAAAGUGCUAUCGAUGAAGCAGCGCUUGCUGCUCUGGAUUCUUCUCAAAAAGAAGCGGCUGCUGCGACACCAAUCCCAGAAAAACCUAAGCCUAAGAAGCCAACAAAAGAAGAAGAGGCUGCGACAUUACACACUUCACAGAUUAUACCCAUGAUUAAGCGUUCGAAAGUACCUGCGCUUCUCAACUACCUCAAAACAAACAACAUCCCACCAAGCUUCAACUUUCUCCCCACCAACCACCACACACCAACGCCGCUGCAUCUUGCUGCAUCUCUCAAUUCUGCUCCUAUCGUCUUCGCGCUUCUGACGAAAGCCGGUGCCGAUCCAACUCUGAUGAGUGACGAAGCGCGGACCCCUUUCACGCUGACUGGCGACCGUGUAACCCGUGACGCCUUCCGUGUUGCCCGUUCCGAACUCGGAGAGUCAGCUUGGGAUUGGGAGAAAGCCGGAGUGCCUACAGCCAUUACCAAAGCUGAAGCUGACAAGCGAGAUGCUCAAGAAAAGACCGAGAAAGCUGCAGAAAGUAAGGCUGAGGCUGACCGGCGGAAGGCUGAGACCGAGCGCGUACGGAAAGAAAGCGAGGCUGAAGAGGUCAGGAGAAAGGAGCAGAGGCUAGGCAAGGGCAAGUCAUUAGGCGCGCUACCUGUCAAGACUGGAGCAGAUUUGAGAGAGGAAGAAAUGAGGGGCUUGACGCCAGAAGCGAGAGCUAGAAUGGAAAGAGAACGGCGAGCUAGGGCUGCUGAAGAGAGGCUCAAGCGGAUGGAACGUUGAAAGCGCUUCUAUGGGACUCAUAAUUUCUUACCCGCGUGUUAGCCUAUCGGGGAAGAAGACUUUCUGCACGCUCGGCUGUGUGAAUGAGUUGUAAGAGUAACGCGAGAUU